UCCCCAGGAUGUUGGAUGUUGUGUUGGAUCUCAUGUUUUCGGACAUAUAAUGGAACAUCCUUGUCGUUCUUGUCUGCAGGUUGGGGCACCAACGAGGCACUGAUCAUAUCAAUUCUGGCUCACAGAAAUGCUGCUCAACGAACAGCCAUCCGCAAGGCUUAUGCCGAGACCUACAACGAGGAUCUCCUCAAGGCUCUGGACAAAGAGCUCUCCAGUGACUUCGAGAGAGCCGUGCUGCUUUGGACACUCGACUCGGCAGAGAGAGAUGCGUAUCUAGCCAAGGAAGCUACCAAGAUGUUCACUUCGAACAACUGGGUCCUAGUGGAAAUCGCUUGCACGAGGUCGGCCUUCGAGCUUUUCAAGGUGAAGCAAGCUUACCAAGCUCGCUACAAGAAAUCCCUCGAGGAAGAUGUCGCUUAUCACACGUCUGGAGAUCUCAGGAAGCUUCUGCUUCCUCUUGUGAGCACGUUCAGGUACGAGGGAGAUGAGGUGAACAUGAUGCUGGCUAGGUCCGAGGCCAAGAUUCUUCACGAGAAGAUCUCGGAGAAGGCUUACAGUGAUGACGACUUCAUCAGGAUCCUGACCACGAGGAGCAAGGCGCAGCUCGGUGCAACACUCAACCAUUACAACAACGAGUAUGGGAACGCCAUCAACAAGAACCUGAAGGAGGAUCCGGAAAGCGAAUACCAAAUACUACUCAGGGCAGCGAUCAAGUGCUUGACAUACCCCGAGAAGCAUUUCGAGAAGCUUUUGCGUCAAGCCAUCAACAAGAUGGGAACAGACGAGUGGGCUCUGACCCGAGUGGUCACUACACGAGCAGAGGUUGACAUGGAACGGAUCAAGGAGGAGUACCUUCGCAGGAACAGUGUUCCACUGGACCGGGCCAUAGCCAAAGACACUUCUGGUGACUACGAGGACAUGCUUCUUGCCCUUAUUGGACAUGGAGAUGCUUGAAAAAACCUAAACUCAGCUGCCAGGACCAAUCAAGAGGAAGGUUCAUCUCCUGUUUCGUGUCUCGUUCUUAGUUUCUUUUGGUUUGUUUUCUUAAUAAAACGUUGUGAGAUGGUCCUGUGACAUUGAGGCAGUGUUAUGUUCUGUUUCUAUAUAUAUAUAUGACUAUUUAUC